UUUAGAGCGGUAUCGAGAGUAUCGAGAGAGAGAGAGAGAGAGAGAGAGAGUCGUUCCAUGGCGUCGAGAACUGCAUCUGGGAAGGGAAAAGGCAAAUCGGGGAAGGGGUCGAAGGGGUCUGAGAAUCGAUCCGCAGCGAAAUGCUUGAAGGAAUGGAGCACAUGGACCAUGAAGAAAGCCAAGGUCAUCACCCACUACGGUUUCAUCCCUCUCAUCAUCGUCAUCGGCAUGAAUUCAGAGCCAAAACCCCAUCUCUCUCAGCUCCUCAGCCCUGUUUGAUUCCCUCCCUCCAACACCCACAUGACAAUUUCGCCUCUUAUAUGAUAGUUUUUGUUGAUUUCUAGCUCACAUCAUAUUCGUCGAAUCGACAUCUAUAGUCUCUCUCUAUCCCUUCUUUCUUCUUUUUUAUUUUGAGGUUUUUUUUUGUGGGCUAUGUGGUUUUGUUUCUGGAUCGGAAUCCGCGAUUCCCGGAUCGUUGUUUCGUUUAAGUAUAAUGGAGUAGUUGUGUUUGUUGAUUGA